GACCGGUUGCCCUGCGGUCGCCUGGUAACGGGUCGCCGCUGUCCUGGCAGCCUCUGCGCCAGCGGCAUAGGCCGCGGAGCUCCGGUGGGCCCGAGCCCACCUCACGUCGCACUCCUUCGGUCAGCCCCGCCAUGGCUGCGGCUGCAGCAGUAGUCUCGCCGUCGGGGUUGGAAGAUGGGGUGUCGCGGUCUCGCGGCGAUGGGGCUGGGGAGAUGGGAGUGGAGCGCGGCCCCGGCGCGGCCUACCACAUGUUCGUGGUGAUGGAGGACUUGGUGGAGAAGUUGAAGCUACUCUGCUACGAGGAGGAGCUCCUCCGGAAGAACAACCUGAAGCCCCCGUCCAGACACUAUUUUGCUCUGCCUACAAACCCUGGUGAACAGUUCUACAUGUUUUGCACUAUUGCUGCUUGGCUGAUUAACAAAACUGGACAUCCUUUUGAGCAGCCUCAAGAAUAUGAUGACCCUAAUGCAACAAUAUCUAGCAUAUUAUCUGAGCUUCGGUCAUUUGGGAGAACUGCUGACUUUCCCCCUUCAAAAUUAAAGUCAGGUUAUGGAGAGCACGUAUGCUAUGUUUUGGAUUGUUUAGCUGAAGAAGCACUAAAAUAUAUUGGCUUCACCUGGAAAAGGCCAGCUUACCCAAUGGAAGAAUUAGAAGAAGAGGCUAUCGGAGAAGAUGAUGCAGAGCUAACACUAAGUAAAAUGGAUGAAGAAUUUGUGGAAGAGGAAACAGAUAAUGAAGAAAACUUUAUUGAUCUCAACGUUUUAAAGGCUCAGACCUAUCGCUUGGACAUGAACGAGUCUGCCAAACAAGAAGAUAUUUUGGAAUCUACAACAGAUGCUGCAGAAUGGAGUCUGGAAGUUGAACGUGUACUACCACAACUGAAAGUCACGAUUAGAACUGACAAUAAGGACUGGAGAAUCCAUAUUGACCAAAUGCACCAACACAAAAGUGGAAUUGAAUCUGCUCUAAAGGAGACCAAGGGUUUCUUGGACAAACUCCAUAACGAAAUUAGUAGGACUCUGGAAAAGAUUGGCAGCCGAGAAAAGUACAUCAACAAUCAACUUGAGCACUUUGUUCAAGAAUACCGUGGAGCCCAAGCCCAGCUGAGUGAGGCAAAGGAGCGAUACCAGCAGGGAAAUGGUGGAGUAACUGAAAGGACCAGACUCCUGUCUGAGGUUACAGAAGAAUUAGAAAAAGUUAAACAAGAAAUGGAAGAAAAGGGCAGCAGUAUGACUGAUGGCGCUCCUUUGGUGAAGAUUAAGCAGAGCUUGACAAAAUUGAAACAAGAAACUGUUCAGAUGGAUAUUAGGAUUGGUGUUGUGGAACACACGUUACUCCAAUCAAAACUGAAGGAGAAGUCCAAUAUGACACGGGACAUGCAUGCGACAGUUAUUCCAGAAUCAGCAAUCGGCCCUUAUUAAAGCAUACCACUUUUCAUGCUUCUCAUUAUUUGUUUUUUUAUAUCAAAUUAUUUUUCAUGUUGCUUUGAUUUCCAAAUACAAUUACACCUCUAAAAGUAUGUUCAAUGGGUAAUUUUUGCAUAUGUAUACACAAUAUUAUAUCAUGAUGAUUAUAAUGGUAAACCUCAACAUUGAAUAUAAUCUGUAAUAAAGUAAUUAAAAUUUUCUCAC